GUUUGCUGUCAUAAAAUGAAUAAUACACAAAUAUUUUUAGCAGAAACAAAUACUUGUAGGACAUGUAUGGAUACGGGAAACGAAAUGACCUCACUUUUCAGUAUUAUAUGCAUCGGGAACAAACAAGAAAGUCUCUCAACACUUUUAAUGAAGUCCUCUGAUUUACAGGUGUCAGAAACUGAUUUAUUUUCAAAAAACAUAUGUGCAAUAUGCUUAGAAAAACUAACACAAUGUUACUUAUUUCGGGAACAGUGCAAUGAAACUCAUCAGAAACUUCAAAAGCUCUACGAAACAAGCUGUUAUAAUUUGUCUGUGAUUAAAAUUGACCCUUCAAUAGAAGAAAAUGUAAAAACUCCAAACUCCGAAAAUGAAAAAGACGCGAUAGAAAAUCGGGACAACGAAAAUGUGGAUUGUAAAAAUUCCAAUGAACUAAAAUUUAAUUGUGAUCAAUGUGGCAAAGAGUUUCCUAACAAAUACUAUGCACAAAGACAUAUGAAAACACAUUCUGAUGAUCCCAAUUUGACUUGCAAAGUUUGUUUAAAAAAAUUCACCAGAGCAGCAGAUGUGAAACGGCACAUGUCAAUUCAUACAGGAGAUAAACCAUUCCAUUGCAUCCUCUGUGACGUGUCCUUCACUCAAUCCGGAAGUUUGUCAAGUCACAUGAGAAAACAUCACAAUUUCCCUCAGAAAACAAAAAAUUCCGUAAGAACAUACUUGUGUUCAAUUUGUGGCAAAUCGUUCAAACAGUCGUCGAUUCUUACAAUUCAUUUAAGGCGACACGUGGGCGAGAAGCCUUAUUCUUGCAAAUAUUGCCCUAUGAGUUUCGUGUCGAGCGGACGCCUGACGUCCCACCAAAGGGUGCACACGGGCGAAAGACCCUUCCCGUGUAAAGUGUGCGGCAAAAAGUUCGCCCAAUCCACGGCGGUGGCGAAACACAUGCAAACCCACACGGGAAUCAGACCGCACGAGUGUGGUGUGUGCAAGAAGAGUUUCAAGUCGCAAUAUUUUCUUAACAUCCACGUGCGGAGACACACGGGCGAAAAGCCCUACCUGUGCACCGUGUGCGGCAGGGCGUUCGCCGACCCGAAGAAUUUCAAGGAGCACACGAACAUACACGCGAACUUACGGCCCUACUUGUGCGGCAAAUGCGGGAAAAGCUUCAAGAGGAACGCUCACUUGAAGAUACACGCGAAAACUCACGAGAAAUAAUUGCUGGACAAUUAAAUAUGUGUAUUAAAUCAAUAAACUUUAUUAAUAUAAUACGUAAAUUAUA